AUGUACCUUGUCUGUCAAUAUGUAUGUUUUGGAAAAAAAUACCUGAACACAGGGAUUGCUGGAGCUCGUCAGGAGAUUAGGCCAUUGCUUUUUAAACCGAACAACCGUCUAAAGGAUCUUUUAUUUUUGGACAUUGCCCUUGAUUCUACUGUGAGGACAGCAAUUGAAAGGGGAUACGAAGAGUUGAAUAGUGCUAAACCUGAGAAAAUUAUGUAUUUCAUCACUCUUGUUCUUGAAAACCUCGCACUUUCAUCGGUGGAUAAUGAGGAUCUUAUCUAUUGCUUAAAGGGAUGGAAUCAAGCGCUGAGUAUGUCAAAGACUGGAGAUCGUAAUUGGGCAUUAUUUGCAAAAUCAGUCCUUGACAGAACCCGACUUGCACUCGCAAGCAAGGCGGAGUCAUACCAUCAACUAUUGCAGCCAUCUGCAGAUUACCUUGGAUCAAGGCUUGGAGUGGACCAGUGGGCGGUGAAUAUAUUCACAGAAGAAAUUAUUCGUGCUGGAUCAGCUGCGUCAUUAUCCUCUCUUCUUAAUCGACUCGAUCCUAUUCUUCGGAAAACUGCUAAUCUGGGAAGUUGGCAAGUUAUCAGUCCAGUCGAAGCUAUCGGAUAUGUUGUUGUGGUAGAUGAGUUGCUUUCUGUUCAGAAUAAAUCUUAUGGACAGCCAACAAUUUUGAUUGCCAAAUCUGUAAAAGGAGAGGAGGAAAUUCCUGAUGGUACAGUUGCUGUGCUGACACCUGACAUGCCAGAUGUCCUAUCUCAUGUGUCUGUUCGAGCGAGAAAUAGCAAGGUUUGCUUUGCCACAUGUUUUGAUCCCACGAUUUUGGCUGAAUUCCAAGCAAAUGAAGGGAAAUUGUUGUGCCUAAAGCCUACAUCUGCAGAUAUACAAUAUAGUGAGGUGAAAGAGACCGAUCUAACAGGUUCAACUAACUUGAAAGAAGAUGGUCCUUCAUCGUCUGUAACUCUUGUCAGGAAGCAGUUUGGGGUUGGAGCUAAAUCCCGCAACAUUGCAUAUCUGAAAGGAAAAGUGCCAUCUUGGGUUGGGAUCCCUACUUCAGUUGCUCUUCCGUUUGGAGUUUUUGAGAAAGUUCUUUCACAUCACUUAAAUCAGGUUGUAGCAGAAAGGUUGCAGUUUCUGAAGAAUAAGUUAGGAGGAGGAGAGUUCAGUGUUCUUGGUGAGAUACGCAAGACAGUUUUAGAGCUUGCAGCGCCACCCCAAUUGGUGGAAGAGCUCAAAAGCAAGAUGCAAAGUUCUGGCAUGCCUUGGCCUGGUGAUGAAGGUCAGCAGCGAUGGGAACAAGCAUGGAUGGCUAUAAAAAAGGUGGUGAAGGGCCUUGGAGAAACUCUAGUUGGAGCUUAUCCAGGUCGUGCUUUGAGUUUUACCUGCAAGAAGAAUGAUCUUGAUUCUCCCCAGGUUUUGGGUUACCCAAGCAAACCCAUUGGCCUUUUCAUAAGACGAUCUAUCAUCUUUCGAUCUGAUUCCAAUGGUGAAGAUCUGGAAGGUUAUGCCGGUGCAGGCCUUUAUGAUAGUGUGCCGAUGGAUGAAGAGGAGAAAGUUGUGCUAGAUUACUCGUCUGACCGGCUGAUCAAUGAUGGUAACUUCUGUAAAUCAAUCCUCUCUAGCAUUGCUCGUGCCGGACAUGCAAUUGAGGAGCUUUAUGGAUCUCCUCAAGACAUUGAAGGUGUAGUGAGGGAUGGAAAAAUCUAUGUUGUCCAGACAAGACCCCAGAUGUGA